UACAAGCUUACAAGUUUCAUCUAUGGUUUAAUCUGCUUUCUUUUCUAAACAAGAAGGUACUUAUAUGCUUACCACUUGCGUUGUUACUUACCAAAGGUACUUUAAUCCUUGUUCUCAUUCACUUGGGGACUCAGAAGCCAAAGCCAUGAAAUCAUAUUAUAUUGCAGCCUUGGUUGUUUUCUUCUUCAAUUGGUGCUAUAUUGGAAAGGCUGCUAAUGGUCAAGGGUCGGGAGCUUCUUUUAUCUUUGGCGAUUCUCUAGUUGAUGCAGGGAACAAUAACUUUUUACGAACGUUGUCUAAGGCAAAUAUCCAACCUAAUGGAAUUGAUUUCAAAGCAUCCGGAGGAAAUCCUACCGGCCGGUAUACAAAUGGUAGAACCAUAGGUGAUAUCAUAGGAGAUGAAUUGGGACAACCAAACUAUGCAGUCCCAUAUUUGGCCCCAAAUUCCACUGGGAACGCUAUAUUACAUGGUGUGAAUUAUGCAUCAGGAGGAGGAGGAAUUAUGAAUGCAACUGGAAAAAUAUUUGUUAAUCGGCUUGGAUUGGAUAUCCAAAUUGAUUAUUUCAACAUUACUAGAAAACAGAUUGACAGCUUGUUGGGUCCAUCAAAGGCCAGAGAUUUCAUAAUGAAGACUUCAAUUUUUUCAGUCACAAUUGGAGCAAAUGAUUUCCUAAACAAUUAUCUUCUACCUGUCCUCUCCAUUGGGGCAAGACUUUCUGAAAGCCCAGAUGCUUUUAUUAAUGACAUGCUCACUCACUUCAGGGGCCAACUUACUAGGCUAUACCAGCUAGAUGCUCGAAAGUUUGUCAUUGGGAACGUUGGACCGAUAGGCUGCAUACCUUAUCAAAGGACAAUCAAUCAAUUAAACGAAGACGAAUGUGUGGAAUUACCCAACAAGCUAGCACUUCAAUACAAUGCUAAGUUGAAGGAUUUGCUCACUGAAUUAAACGAAAACCUCCCAGGAGCUACAUUUGUUCUUGCAAAUGUGUAUGAUUUGGUGUUGGACGUAAUCACAAACUAUAAGAAGUAUGGAUUUACAACUUCAAGUAAAGCAUGUUGUGGAAAUGGGGGCCGGUAUGCGGGAAUCAUUCCAUGCGGACCCACGUCUAGUUUGUGCUCGGAUCACUCCUCACAUGUGUUCUGGGAUCCUUAUCAUCCGAGUGAAGCUACCAACCUUAUCAUCGCCAAGAAAUUGCUCGAUGGAGACACAAAAAUCAUCUCACCUAUGAAUCUUAGACAACUUCGAGAUCUCUAAUUUUCAUAUCCAUGAAAUUAAUGGUGUCCACUCAUUUGUACUAUGUCCUUUGAAUAAUACCCAAUAUCUUGUUUGAAUUAUUGCUCUUGUAUCAAAUAAAGUUUACAAAAGACAAGCUCUUUUUUCUUACUUAA